AAAGCCAACCAGUUUUUGCGAUGACGGAAGAUGAAGAUAGCGAUGAAGAAUGAGGACGACAUGCGUUGACAAAGAAAGAAGCCUACACUACACAAACGCCCCUCAAACGAGCUCAGAAGGUGGAUGCAACUCGAGCGGUGAAAAUCUAAUUGAUCAGACUCAAAAAUGAUGCUCACCUCAUCAUCACAAUGGAUUCGGACAUGCGAUCUGUGGUGACACUUAUUGACGGAGACAUGCCGGAGUGUUCUGGGCAAGACAACUUCGCGGGAAAGAAAACAUCACGGGAAAUGGCUUUGUGCUGCAAUAUUGCCUAAUUAAUCAUUGGGCACUCACCUGGCAGAAAAUGCGUUUCGUUGUGGCGUACCUGAAAUUGAAAUCUUUAUUCACAGGAAUGGAAAUAGUUCAAAGUUUGAUUGACAGAUGGAAAGGUCACUGCUCCCAGUUGAUCAGAUAUUCACCAAUUGCGAUUGCUGUUAGAUGCAUCACAAAUGCUAAAAAGGUGAUACGUAGGGAACAUGAAUACAUGUGCUCACUGUAGUUUCAGCUGGAAAAUCUGAACAGAAAUUGUGUUUGUUUAGCAAAUGUCGGUAAUCAAAGGUUUGGGUAUCCCUUUCAUUAAAUUUCUGGCCCUCACGAUCCUAAUGAUGAAUUUCUGGAAAAAUGGUUUGAUUCAUGUUACGUUAUUAGAACGUUUGAUGCCGGAUGUAGAAUAACAAGUAAAAUUGUCUCCGCACAAGAAAUGUUCGUCUCUUUUACUGUGUUUUUUUACUCAUGAAAGAAACGGGGAGCUCUCGGGCUUAGCAACGGUCGAAUGGAAUUAAAAAGUCUCUGCCUCCAACGGCUAUAAAGUUUUCUGUAGACCUUGCAAUCAAUAAAAAAAAUAAGAGGAUAUCUCUCUCCCUCUCGUUCUGCUAGAAACUAACUGUUGUUCGCAACUGGUUUCAAGUCGCAUUUCUUUUCUCUUUCUUUCUCUUCUGUUGGUAUCUUUCCGUUUCAAGCUGCAGAUCCUUAAUUCAAGCUCUACGCCAAGAACAGUCCUCUGGGUGGCCUCAUCUUCGAUCAAUUGGAUAUCUAAAUUUUCUUCCCAUUUCUUAUCCCCUCUUCUGCUUCCUGGUGUGUUAAUUCUUGGAGCGAGAACUCCUUGUUUCCUUUUCGCCGGUCUCUUUUUUCUCUUCUUUUUGCUCGAAAGUUCCUGUUUUCUGCAGUUCUGCUGGUUCUGAUGGAAGUCUUGGCCAUCGAUUGGGACAACAUUGACAGCAGAUUCAUCAGGGACGACGCCUAUGAAGGAAUCAACGCUCCCAAAUGGGUCGAUUUCUUGGCCCCUGAGGAUCCCACCGACGAGGAGUCCUUCUUCUGCAGGCCCGAUUGCCAGCAUCCAAAGUCCCUCGCAGAUUUCCACUUGCAGAGGUCCUCCAAAUUCAAGCACGACCGACAAACGCGUGCUUCGCUUGUCAGAUCUUCCAGCAAAUCGGAGGCAACAACGCCUCUCAGGGAGAUGAAUGGAAGGGAACUGAGAUCUAAAAGCAGAGUACUCGUCUCAUCGUCCGUGACUUCCCUCGCCGAGCUGAGAUCUCCAAAGAAGACAAAGGCACCGUACCAGCCUCCAUUUACGGAAUCCGAAUGCGAGAACAGAAAUCCGAACAGCCCUGCUUCCGUGAAUCCGGUUCGCAAAGGCAAGUUCACGAAUGAAUUCAAGGUAGAGAAACAGGUCCAGAGGCAAAAUUUGGUUCAGAGACCAGCGGCGGCGAUGAAGGAACGAAAGUCGGAAAAGCCAGAGCCUGAAACUCCCAGCAAGACGCCGCCUUUGAGAAGCACUCAUUCGGCCCGGAAUCUGUUCGCGGGGAGGGACAUUCUGAGCCAGAUAUCGGAGUUCUGCACAGAGUUGAAAAAGCUCGCACUUAACGGGAACCGAGCGGCGGGGCUGCCAGUGAACCCCGAAACGACGAAACCGACGACUCCAAGGAAGGAUCGUUCGGGCAAGGAAAGCAACGAGGCCGGGACUGCCGCAGGGUCUUCUACAGCCGAGAAUCAGAGGAGGAAGCCCUUGAACUCCUCCAGGAAAGACCGAGGGGAAAAUAGCAGCAAAAAGGCUGAAGGAAAGGCGGGAGGUCACCGGCCAGAAUGGAAGAUCACCGGGAAAGUAAACGGCGGCAGUAGCAGCAGCAGCAGCAGCAAGGGAGUCCGAUCGGCACCCCCGACGCCUCAAAAGUUUCCUCCUCACCCUUCUGCACUCAAGCCACCAAUAGCUUCCCCUCUCAAGUCUUCUUCCACCCGCUCAAUCUCCAUGGAGGAGAGGAUAAGAAGUCUACAAGAGUCGUCGCCAAAUGGAAAGAUGAGGACCGCAGGUGAGGAGAUUGAGGAGGAUAAGUUAACAAUUUCACCACUGGUAGACCGAUCAUUAGACCUGUUUUGGUUCUUGAAGCCGUGCUCUCUCCCGUCCCGUAAAUAGCUCCAACCCAUCAGCUUCCAUUUCUUUAUUAUUUAAUUAUUCAAAUAAGAUGUCCUUCAACUGUUACGAAGUAAAAUGUUCAAAUGUCAUUCUUUUUAUUAAAUGAACCAUCAAGUUGAAUAUAUUUUCUCUUUUCAUA